AACCACAGAACCACAAGCAGACUGCAAUCAACAAUUUAGAAGGAGUACCCGGACCUCGACAGGGAGGUUUACCUCCUCCUCGUGUUUUUCCACACCACCCUUGUGUUUUGGAUCUGCAUAAGGAGUGUAAGCUCGAAGGCAAUCUGGGCUGUAGAUUUGGGUCAUGGCUUCCAACAGCAUAUUUGAUUCCUUUACAACCUAUUCUUCAACCUUCUUGCGUGACCCCAGCACCAGCAGGCGCUUCACACCUCCCUCCACGGCCUUCCCCUGCGGCAAGAUGGGCGAGAACAGCGGCGCCAUCAACGCGCCGGCCCCGGGAAGUCGCAGCCGGCCGGAGGCGCGCUCCGUGGUGGAUGUCCUGGCGGAUCACCCCGGCGAACUCGUGAGGACCGACAGCCCCAACUUCUUGUGCUCCGUCCUGCCGUCGCACUGGAGGUGCAACAAGACGCUCCCCGUGGCCUUCAAGGUGGUUGCCCUUGGAGACGUGCCUGAUGGCACUGUGGUUACUGUCAUGGCCGGUAACGAUGAGAACUAUUCAGCGGAGCUCCGGAAUGCCUCUGCGGUCAUGAAAAACCAAGUGGCCAGGUUUAACGACCUUCGCUUUGUUGGACGGAGCGGCCGAGGAAAAAGCUUUACAUUGACAAUUACAGUCUUCACAAACCCCACCCAGGUCGCUACAUACCACCGUGCCAUUAAAGUGACUGUCGAUGGACCCCGGGAGCCAAGAAGGCAUCGGCAGAAGCUUGAAGAGCAAACCAAAACCUAUGGGGAUCGUUUUGGGGAGCUGGAGAGGUUGCGGCACCCAAUGAGGAUCACUCCCACCACCCCCAACCCCCGAGGAUCCUUGACUGCUCCUGGACACUUUGGGACACAAGCACAGAGUCAGAUCCAAGGUACAUCUGAAUUGAGUCCGUUCUCUGACCCACGCCAGUUUGACCGGUCCUUUACUGCAUUACCGGGCUUCACCGAGACCAGGAUGCAUUACCCCGGUGCAAUGUCGGCAGCCUUCCCUUACACAGCCUCACCUUCCGCCACUGGAAUUGGUGGCAUCAGCAUGAGCAGCAUGCCCGCCACCACUCGGUUCCACCAUACCUACCUUCCUCCACCAUACCCCAGCUCCACCCAAAACCAGAGUGGACCUUUCCAGACCAACCCUUCCCCUUACCACUUGUACUAUGGAACAUCAUCCGGGUCAUACCAGUUCUCCAUGGUAGCGGGGGGAGAGCGCUCACCAACGAGGAUGCUUCCCUCUUGCCCAAGUGCAUCAGCUGGAAAUAACUUAAUUAAUCCUAGCCUUGCCAAUCAGAAUGAUGGCGUUGAGGCGGAUGGCAGCCACAGUAACUCACCUACAGCCAUGACAACUCCCGGGAGGAUGGAUGAAGCUGUCUGGAGACCGUACUGAAAGAGGACUAGGAAACCAGAUGCCUUUCACUCUAACUGAAUUAAAAUGCCCAACAUGUGCUAUGUUAGUUGGUCAUUAGAAAGGAGGCGACAAUGAAAAGGAGCCGUCGAAAACCCUUCCUUUUCCCAAUGCGCAUCACAUUGCUCUUGUAGAAAAUAUAGGUUGUUAAGUUAACUCAGCAAAUGGAGACUGGAGAUGGGCUGAACUUUGUAUACAUUUCAAAACAAAACCCUCCCUUUCUCUUCUUAAAGUUCCCAUUGACAACUCUCAAUUGUGUACGUAAUGUACAUAGGAAUGUACAGAUUGGAAAUGCUCUGUUCCUUUGUAGUGUUGUGGCUGAGUGUGAAAAGCCCUAGUCAAUCAUCUCAAAGGUCAUGAAAUUUUAAGAAUGAAUGACUGAAUGAAUGAAUGAAUGAAUGAAUGGUGUUUAGUUCUUCGGAUACUGUUGAGAAAGAUAUGUAAAGCCAAGUUAAUAUAAGGACAGGACCAGAAUGUCACCAAGUCCUGCACCACACUCUUUCUACCAUACAGUGGUGGCCUUAUCGGGAGGCAGCAUAAGGUAGUCACAUCAGGUGGCGAAUCUGGAAUGUCAGGAUAUGCUGGAAAGUUCUCCUACACAAGUUCCAUUGAGGUGAAUGCAGUUGCUUAAUCUUUUAGUAGGGCUCAUACGCCAGGGGGAGGAGCUUCUCAGAGGAUUGUGACUGCAGUUAAUUUAGUGCUGGGAAUGGGUGCUAUUUUGAAUUUCCUGGUUUAUACUACCAAAAUAUUGUACACCAGCCAUGAACCUAUAUGGCCAUUUAACCACCACUCUGAAUACGCCAGAUUCAGUUGGUGGGGUGAGGAGUCAUGAAUGGCAGCACAUACUGCAUCACAACAGGAGUGAUCCAGAAGCAGUGAAAGCAGCUGGAAUCAUGCUGGUGAUCUGUUCCUGAGGGGGUUGUGGGCAGGGAUUUUGCUAGGUACUCAAGGAACAGGUUCCUGGCACAAAAUUGCAUUUGCUACAUUAUAUACAUAAAUAGAAAUUUCUGAGCAAAUUAUAAUGGUAAAUGCAUAGGGUAUUACCAGCAGCGUACUCAGCUAACUGCCCAAGAAGCAACAUCAAACAAGGCUUUGUUUUUAUUUCAUUUGGGGGGGGGGAGAGGAAAGGAGGUGGAGAUUUGGGACCCAGUGCAAAAGACCUGGGGCUCAGACGCCCUGGGCCCCCUACCAAUGCCCCUGGUUGUAGGUAGGGGUGGGGAGGAAAUUCAAUUUCACAUUUAAAGGUGAAUUUACGUAAUUUGCACUUUUUGAAAAAAUACAAGAACCAAAACACUGUCAUCCCUCAAAAUUUGAAUGUCUCCAAAUUUUAUAAAGCAGUUCUCCAACAGGUGAAGUGUACAAAAUGCAUAAAGAGUCCAUCAAAAUGCUAAUAUUAGUGAAAUUAACUUGCAAAAAUGCAUUAUAUCAUGGGAAAUUGAAUUACAACAUUGUGUAUAUCAGGCAAAAUCACAAAGACAAUAGAAAUUCAGACUAAAAUGUUGAUGAAUUUUCAUAAGGACUUAAAAAGAAUUUACAAACUGAUGUAGAAAUCAAAUCUAGCCCAUCCCUAAAUUAGCCUUUCUCUAGUUUUGGGGCUGAAUCUAGCCUUUCGUCUUCACCAGACAGACAAAUGGUAUGAUUCCAGCUUCCUUUAUGAGCCUAUGCAUUCAUCACCCAGUUGCCCUGUGCAUGUUGUGCUCUACCAAGGACAAAGCUCUGCUUCUCAUUAAAAUAUUAAACCUGUGUCUGAGGUGUACCACUUUAGACUGCUGCUGGGGACUUGUGUUUAGAUGGUCUCUCACUAAAAUAAAGCAUUUCUGGGAGAAGAAAACCAGCAUAUCAGGGAUAGGUAUGGAGGAGAAAUUUGAUUCUGUUCAUAUUUAAAGUUGAAUAUAUCAAAUUUGCACUUUCUGAAGCAAUAAGAGAACCAAAAUGCAGUCAUCCGUAAAUAUUUGCACUUAUCUGAAUUUUGUGAUGCAGCUCUACAACCAAACAAUAUUAUAAAAAUGCAUAUAUUAUGGGAAAGUGUGUGUGGAAAUUAAUUUAUUAGUGAAAAUAACAUACAAAAAUGCAUUAGGGGAAAUUGCUUGGAAAAUGUCAAAUUAGUCAAAACAAAAAUGCUGGUGAAUUUUCAUGAGGAUUUAUAAAUAAUAAUAAUCAGAAAUCGCUUCAUGAAUAUGAAGAACUGAAUGUAAAAUUGGGAAAAUGAGAAAUUGAGAGUGCCAAUAUUGACAGAACCUUCCAUCACUAAUCAGAGGGAAGGUUGACUAGAACCUAGCAUCUAAGGGCUGUUCACAAGAAAAGCCCCUCACAAUCCAGUGAAUAAAUGAGGAAUGAAUCUGCCCUCCCCUGACACUGAUGGUGCCAUUGGCCACACUCGUCCAGAAGCCUUUCAAAAGACUAAGAUACACCUUUAGUCUGAAAGGACCCAAUAGCUCUUGGUCUGUUCCACACAAUCAGGAAUCCUGAUUGGCCAAGGCUUGUCAGCUGCACAGAGCAGCCCUAUUGGGCAUGCACCAGAACAUGCAUUGGGGCCCUUCAGACUGUGCGACCCUCCCAGAAGGAAAGGAGUGCAGCUCAGCAGCAGAGUACUGUAUAUGCUUUGCAUGCAGAAAAUCCUGUGUUCAAUCUCAGGCCUUAACUGAGAAGGGGUUGGAAAGACAAAUGUUGUAAACCCUGUAGAGUCCCUGCCAGUCACUGAGCUAAAUGAAUCAAAUGGUCCUGGGGAAGCGGGAGAAAUCCAGUUCAGUUCACAUUUCAAUGCAAACCCUAUCUAAUUCACACUUCCCAAAACGCUACAUGGACUGAAACACAGGUAUCUUUCAAAAUCCAUGCUUGUCUUAUUUUUUGUGAUUCGGUUUUCAAAAAAAAUUGUACAAAAAUGUGUAUAUUUAGGGAAAGUGUGCAUCAUGAAAUUUGCUCAGAAAUGAGCACUCAUAUGCUGGUGAAAGCAAACUAAUGUGGAAAUGCAGUGAACUGAACUGAGAGAUGUACUCACACCUCUCCUGUAUAAGGCAGCUUCCUAUGUCCCUAUGCUAAUGAGCAUGUCAGUGUCAGGGCCAGGGCUAGCAGCAACACUCCUGUUCUUUCUUGUGAACAUCCUCCUUGUUUUCUAUACAGAUGGAAUAUUUUGGUAUAGAGGAGCCUUCAGUCAUUGAAACCCCGACCAGCAGCCUGAUGUGGUAUGACCCAGACACCAGUUUACCACCACAGUACGUGCCAGAUCAUGAUGAAGGCCUGUGGCUCAGUAGUAGAGCAUCUGCUAGGCAAGCAGGAAGUCCCAGCUUCAGUCCCUGCAGGCAUCUCCAGGCAGGGCUGUGAAAGACUCCCUGUCUGAAACCCUGCCAGACAGUAUAGACAAUACUGAGCUUGAUGGAGCCCAGUGAUCUAUCAUCAGAAGACCAUGUAGAUAUGUUUAGAGCCUAUACGGUCCCACUUUAAACUCCUAGGUAUGCAGCCCAGGUUCUGACAAGAGUUGCUUUUAGGUAGGCAGGUAUUAGAAAUGUGAACAAGUAUCUUAUUGCUGAUUUUAACAGAGGUUGUAAAGCAAAGGCAUGAUCCGUCACCAUGCACGCAUAGUGGGAUCAUGACAGGGCGUAAAGGACUCCUCCUUCCUCUGCACAUGCCAGGCAUCACGUGAAACAAUAGUGCAGUGGAACAUUUUGAAGCACCAGAGCCCAUCAUGUCAGCUCCCAGUUUAUUAGGAACAGCAUGACUGUAGUUCUCUGCAGAAUUUCCUGUGAGUAAGCUCCAUUGAAUCCAGUGGUGCUUAUUUUGAUUGCUUAGAUUCAAGUGCAAAACACAUUGAACUUAAGCAAAAGAUCUUAUACCAGCUGAAAUGCACCUUUAGCUUUUUAUUAGAAAUGCAAACAAUCUUGCAAAGAGGUAUUAUAAUUUAAACUGCUAGCAUGAAGUAGAAACCUUAUCAAAGGAAAGGAAAGAAGUCUCCAACCUCUGCUUGGUUAUGUUCUUCAUUUUCUGAUUUCCUCUAUGCUAAUCUGUCACAAGCCAACUUGAAAGCCUUGUUAUCACUUCAUUCACUUCCACAGAGCAAGUUGGAUUUAUCACUUAACCCAUGCUCCAGCACACGGCAGCAUCACUCCAGCUCUGAAAAGGUCUCCCCUCCUCUCUACUACCCCACUGACCUCAAAUGGGAGACUGCAAUUACUUCAUCAUCGUACAGCCGAGACCAGAUAACAUCAAGUGCACACACACAGCCCUUCCGUUGGUGGAAGGGAAGACACAGGAAGUACGGUGGUCCCCAUUUGGAAUAAUGACCAAUGUGCUAUGGUGUGUGGUGGGGUGUAUGUCCAGGAAGGGAAAGGAAAAAAACGGAGGACUUUGUUGGGUUCUAUAAUCAUCCCUCUGUGCUCAUGUUAAACUACAUUCUAUAUAGGUCACUACAUAUUAAUAUGGCUCAUCACACAUUUGACAAGCCCAUUAUGUGCAUUUGCAUCUGGUGUAAAAUGAACAACCCCAAAUUCUUUUGGUGAGAGCUUGUUGUUAGUAACUGCUGGCUGCCUCUAAUAGAGCCUUGAUGGUUUUUCUCAAAGAGGAAAAACCAAAAACAUUCAAGUGUGUUCUCAAGAUGCACUUGUAAACCACAUUAGGAAGUACAACCUCUGUCAGCCCAACCCUUUCAAGUUAAUGAUGGAUUGUCAUGCACAGGUGUGAAUAAAAACACGUGUUUUAUGAAAGCGGUCAAAAAUAUUUGACCUGGAGGAUUUUAUUUUAUUUUAUGCUUUGCACUAUAAUAUGCUUCUUUUUUUAAAAAAAAAUGAAAUGCACAAUUGCUUGUACAGUAAAAUAUUUUGUUUGGUUCAAGGAAUAUUUAACUGUAAAAAGAAUAAAUCUACUUUGGUCUUUAUUUGUUAUAAUAAUAUAAUUCUUUUAAAAAAUAUGUUGCUGAAGGAUCCUAUUUCUUAGAACUUGUGUGUGGAAGGUUUUUAAUUGGUUGGUUGCUUUUUAAACAGAAUAAUAAUUUGACUAGAAUUCUUUUUUUUAAAAAAAACCCAAACUCUGCAAUCUGUGUUUAACACAGCAGAGACUGGUUUGUUUUUGUUUGUUUGUCCUUUCUUUUUUCUGAUUUUGAUUAUGAAUAUUUUAAAAUGUGUUAAUAAUAUUUAAAAGGUGAGGGUCUGCACAGUAUUCCACCCCUGUUCACUGGCAGCUCUGUUUUAAAAUGUAGCCUUCCCUACUUCUUUUACAUGUAGCACUUCUAACCAUCUGGGAUGCAGAUUCUGUUCUACAGUCCCAAACCAAAGUUUGGUGAAAACACAGAAAGGUGUUUUGUUUUUGUAUGUUUAAACAAGCUUACCUUGCCACCUCUUGCCCUUCCACCUGGGCGGCUACUCUCACUUGAUGCAAAAUGGUGAUUCUCCACCUGUGCUUUCUGCAUCAACAGCAAAAUGGCCUCUCAUUCCAUCAGCCUCGUCUUGCGGAUUCUUGGGAGCUGAGCCAACCAUGGCAGAGUGGUUAGCGCUGCAUUUCCCUUUCCUAGAAGACAAAUAAAAAGGUCCAUGUUCUUUAUCAGAUAUACAUGAUGAUAUUGCUAGGUGUUGCGUGUAAUCAUUUUAAUGCCUUGCCAUGUGGAAUAAAUAAAUGUACGGUUACUGAUGGAGAAACUGGCUCUUGGCUGUUGACUCUUACCCAGUGAUGCUCCUUCCACUCAAGUGAAUGGGGAUAUCUGAAUGUACAGAGGCCAGAUUCAAUUCCUCACCAAUCAUGUAUAUGAUUCCAGAUUCCACAUGCCCAUUACACUGCACUGAGGAGUGGACUUCUGGUGGAGAGCAAAUGCCUGUAAGUUUCUACAUUGUUGUCUGAAAAAUGGCAGCAGUCAUAGCCAGGGAUAGGCACAACAAUCACGCCUCUCCAUGCCGAUACAUCUCCUUGCCAAGGGCUCAAGACACAGGGAGCACUGAUAUAACUCCUUGCCAAAGGUGCAAGGGAGCCUGUGUAUGCCUCUGGUCAUAGCAGUACAUCAAGACUAGUAGUGUAUUAUCUUUCCAAGUUGAAUCACAACUUGGAGAAAGGUGGGAUAUAAAUACAUUAAAUAAAAAAAAUCUGGGUGACAUUGCUGCUGCUGUUUGAAGGUUGAAUGCCUAGCGUGACGAAAAGUUCAGACUCAUUCUGCUCACCACAUUUCCCCCAUUAAAAAAUCCUAGAAUUAUUAGGGAGGGUUGUUACAGGGACCCAGACCCGCUACUUUCCAUGGUAGUCCCCCUUAACUACUGGCUUUGGAAGGCUAAAAUGGGAAGGGGGCUCAAGGAGGUGGAGGUGGAGCUUGUGAUAAAUGGAGCACUGCAGUCCAAGGGCCCCUGAGACAUUUGUGUUGUUGCACGUGACCAGUGGGAUGGGACCGCAUGCACAUUUUCACAUUGCAAGGUAGAUAGGAAUGGUGAAUCACUGGAGAUGCAAAAAGCCUGGGAAGUAUUGGCUCCAGUGAGAUUUUUCUAGUUGGGGUGAUGGGGGUGCCAGCGGGUGGCAAAAGGAUUCUACUGAGGCCUGUUGUCAUCUAUCUGAGGUACCAUACAGAGGAACCUGAAGCUUUGUGCCACUGAGCAUCUACAUCAGGUGUGGGGAAUCUUUGUCCUUGCAGAUGUUACUGAACUACAGCUGCCAUCUGCUACAGCAAGCAUGGCCAAUGGCCAGGGAUGACAGGAGUUGUAGUUCAGCAACAUCUGCAGGGACAAAGGUUCCCCAUGCCUGAUCUACAUCAUGCCAUGCAGAAGAUGGGGGUGCAUCCUGCAUUCCAGAUGAGGAGUACAUAAUGCAGUUCCAUAUCCAGCAAGUUGAUCCAGGCACAAACCAGCUGCUUUCAUGUACGCAUCUCCCUUGCAGGAUUAGACCAAAUGUGCUCAAUUUGCUUUGUGUUACUAGUAAGCAAGUUAGGCAAUGGCAGACCCCAUUCAAAAGACCAAGGUGCAGAGGCAAAUUAAGGCUGAUAAUUUUACCACUUCUUAUCUCACCACACUUGAGGCAUUAAUCCCAACCGACCAAACACCACCCUGGACUUCAGGGGGAGGGCAGGCAGAGACCAGUGGAAUUUAACUAGAUUUGUUAUUUACACUGUCCAAAUGCCAGUAAUUAUGUCAAGCAGGAUGAAGAGGGGUAGGAGGAGCCAAGAAAAGCCUGCCGGCUGCAUCAGACCAGUGGCCCAUUAAUCCAGCAUCCUUUCUCAUAGUGGCCAACCAGAUUCCCAUGUUAGGGCCAACAAGCAGGAUCUGAGCACCUCAGCAACACACACACUUCCCUAAGAUUUCCUGGGGACCUGUGUGGUAGAAUCCAGGCAUACUAGUUUUAUAGGUUCAUGGACUCUGUUUAUAUGGAGGAAUUUUUAAAUCACGCAAGUUCCUUCCUGCAAUUCAAAUACAGACCUCACCCAGAUUUACCACCUCCAUGAGAACUAGGCACAUGACAGAACCCAGGCCUGUUUUGUUUGUUUGUUUGUUUGAUGGACAUUUUUGUGAACCCAAGAGCCUAGGUCAGAUUGCCUGGUGUGUGUGUAUCUGUUGUUUGUGCUUUAAAUACAGCCCAUGUGCUGCUGAGCCUUGGGAUCUCAGUUAAAAAUGAGAGUUCUUUCUGACGCCUAGCAAUUAUUUCGACCCUCCUUCUGCACACUGCUGCAUGCCCCAUAGCUGCAUUUAGAAGAAACCACAAGAAACACUCAAACGGUGAGAAUUUUGCUUCACAGUCUUGACUAACGGAAAUAUGUUUCUAGUGCAGCCACACAGCACAGAGCCACCUUUUUAUC